CGGCCCUGCUCGGCCGAGCCCCUUCAGCCAAGCCCUUAGACAGGGGGGCUCCGCUCCGGCCCGGUCACGUGACAGGCCGAAGUUGGCCCGUGCCGUGAGGGGUGCGCUCGGCGCGGAAGCGGGACUCGGACCCACGGCAGGGGGAAAACGGCGGCUAGAGCGCGAUCCCCAGUAUGGCCUCCUCAUCACCUAAAUAUAAUUCAAACUCCUUGGAGAGCUCGUCAAUUAAAAGGAUCCCAAAAGAUGGAACUAAAUGGGAACAAAAUGAGGAAAUACCGCGUCUACCAGGAGAAACUAGCAUCACAGACAAGGAAGUUAUCUACGUAUGUCCAUUUAAUGGUGCAGUUAAAGGAAGACUGUAUGUUACAAACUACAGACUAUACUUAAGAAGUGUGGAACUAGAUCCAGUUGUGAUAUUAGAUGUUCCUCUGGGUGUAAUUGCAAGGAUUGAGAAAAUGGGUGGAGCUUCAAGUAGAGGAGAAAAUUCCUAUGGACUAGAUAUUACUUGUAAAGAUAUGAGAAAUCUACGGUUUGCACUGAAACAAGAAGGUCACAGCAGAAGAGAUAUAUUUGAAAUCCUUACAAAACAUGCUUUUCCCCAGUCACAUAAUUUGCCUUUUUUUGCAUUUGUAAAUGAAGAAAAGUUUGCUGAAAAUGGUUGGAUGGUUUAUAAUCCGAUGCCUGAAUAUAGGAGACAAGGACUGCCCAAUGAACAGUGGAGAGUAACCUUUAUCAAUGAACAUUAUGGACUAUGUGAUACAUAUCCAUCACUUUUGGUAGUCCCAUAUAAUGCCACAGAUGAUGAUCUCAAGAAAGUUGCUGCUUUUAGGUCCCGAAAUAGAAUUCCAGUCCUGUCAUGGAUUCAUCCAGAGAACCAAGCUGUUGUUAUGCGCUCCAGUCAGCCUCUUGUUGGUAUGAGUGGGAAAAGAAAUAAAGAUGACGAAAGGUAUCUUGAUAUUAUCAGGGAUGCUAAUGGACAGAUCUCAAAACUGACUAUCUAUGAUGCAAGACCCAGUGUAAAUGCAGUAGCUAACAAGGCCACUGGGGGAGGAUAUGAAGGCGAUGAUGCAUAUCCCAAUGCAGAACUCUUCUUCCUAGAUAUUCAUAAUAUUCAUGUCAUGAGGGAAUCUUUAAAAAAGUUGAAGGACAUUGUUUAUCCUAAUGUAGAAGAAUCUCACUGGCUAUCUAGUUUGGAGUCAACUCACUGGUUAGAACAUAUCAAGCUUGUCUUGACAGGAGCUAUUCAAGUGGCAGACAAGGUGUCUUCAGGGAAGAGCUCAGUGUUGGUACACUGUAGUGAUGGUUGGGACCGAACAGCACAAUUAACUUCUCUAGCCAUGUUGAUGUUAGACAGCUACUACAGAACAAUUGUGGGUUUUGAAGUUCUGGUACAAAAGGAGUGGAUAAGCUUUGGACACAAAUUUGCAUCGAGAAUAGGCCAUGGUGAUAAAAACCAUGCUGAUGCUGAUAGAUCACCUAUCUUUCUCCAGUUCAUUGAUUGCGUGUGGCAAAUGUCUAAGCAGUUUCCAACAGCUUUUGAAUUCAAUGAACAAUUCUUGAUUACAAUUCUGGACCAUUUGUAUAGCUGCCGAUUUGGUACUUUCUUGUACAACUGUGAAUCUGUUAGAGAAAAAGAGAAAGUGACUCAGAGAACAUUGUCAUUGUGGUCACUGAUAAAUAGUGAAAAAGCAAAGCACACCAAUCCUUUUUAUACUAAAGAACUGAAUCGAGCACUCUAUCCAGUAGCUAGUAUGCGUCACUUGGAACUUUGGGUCAAUUAUUACAUUAGAUGGAAUCCAAGGAUUCGGCAGCAACAGCCAAAUCCCGUGGAGCAGCGUUACAUGGAGCUCCUAGCACUGCGUGAUGACUAUAUGAGAAGACUUGAAGAACUACAGAUCACAAAUAAUUCUAAGAUUUCCAAUUCAUCAACCUCAUCAGCAUCUCCCUCACAAAUGAUGUCCCAUGUGCAAACUCAUUUUUGAAGGAAAAAAUGUUUUUCUUUGAACAUUGUAACCAUAAGUGGUGCUUAAUGUAGAUCUAUAGUACAAAAAGGAAUAUAUGAAUGCCUUAUAUUGGACCUCUUCCUAACAUGAAAUUUUUUAGAUUGUCUCCAUAGUUGGAAGACUUGAAAGAACGGUCUCUUCAGUUCAUUUGUGCCUUUCGGAAUCUGUGGACAGGAAAUGUUAUCCAAUAUGGGAAGCUUAUAUGGGAUGCUUUAGAAGUGUAUUUUGUAAAAGUUUGAUACAAUUGGAAAUAUGAUUUGAUUUUUUUUUUAGUAUGCAUUAAUUUAUUGCAUCAUUAGGUCCUGAUCCUGCAAAGACAUAACCAUGUGCUUAAUCUUAUGCACUGUGAAUAGAGCCAUUGACUUCAGUGGGGCUUUUCACAGUGUAUAAAUGUAAGGAUGUGUGUAGCCUUAGGGGCCUUAGACUUUUUGAGGCAAAAAUGAGAGUUGUAUUAUCUUCUUGAGCUUUCAAAAGCAAAGUACUCAGAAAUAGAUUUUUUUUCUAGUAAACUGAAAACUACUCCAGUUUUUAUUGUUCAAAAUAAUUCCAAAUCUGAGGACUUUAGGUGACAAGAAACUUGUAAUUAACCAUUCAACUUGCUCACUAUGUAUCUGAAAACAAGAUAACUGUAUAGAAAGGCUAACUUUUAUAUUGUAGAUGCAGAUUUUAGAAUAAAUGGAUGAGGAUUGUGGUGGCUUUGGAGCAAAUAAGUUGCAAACUCCUUUUUUUUUUGUUUUUUGUUUUUGUUAAGUUAGCUGUGGAACACUACAUAUAUUUUUGAUUCUCUGUUCUGUCAGCAAUAUUUUCUGGAUUUUUGCUUUCAUUAAUUUGCCAAAAAAUAAAGAACGGUUCUCAAGAAGACGUAUAUAAAUCUAAAAAAUAGGAUCCACGAAGACAUUGCUUAAAUGUCAAAUAGUAGCAAUAAGCUUAGCUUUUAUGUUUUCUAAAAUGAAACAUCAUGCCUAUUCAUUGCAGCUUUUAUACCAAAAUAGUUUAAAAUUCUUCAGAUUAUGAGUAAUGAGUUGGGAACCUCUUAAAUGUGUAGCUAGAGCAUUUUAAUCUAUUCCUUUAACAAAUUUAUUCUUUAUCAAGUAUUUAAAGGGAUUUCAGUAUAUAAAAUUUGCAGAUAAUAGAUUGUGCAUUGACUGAAUCUUUCAACGAACUUGGUUUGAAGUUCAUUUCAGAGGCUUCUAUUGUUACAUUUAUAAUUUGCUCCUUUCAGGUAUUUUUUCAUUAGAGUUACAAGCACUUAAGGCAGCACAAACCUUGCUACUUGAUAUUUUAAUUCAUAUUUGCAUAUACUUGGAAGUUUUAAUGAUUUUCAGGCAAUUGAGUACAUUUUGCAAUAUAGGAUUUGUAAAGGACUGUUCAUAGAUAAUAUAGUUAUUUUAAAGGGAAUGUUUGACACUUGAGGCUUCUACCUUUGUAAAUUAUUGUACAUGUAAGUUUUGAUCUACAAAAUGUAACAGCAAAAUACAAUAGGAUAUGUAUAAAUUAAGUUUGUGUAAGUAUAUAAAAUAUAGUUUAUUAGAAAUUC